AUAUUUUAGUUUUCUGAAGUGCCUUAGGUGAUGCAGUGGUAAUUUGCAUUUUGAGGUUGGGCCUCUAGCUGCUGUGAAUUAGACUUCUCAUCAUCACCAGUUCUAGGACCUACGAUGGCAAGUCAACUUCCCCCUGAGACCAGCAAAAGCAAGAAGCCUUCUAGUAGUGCAUUCAAACAGCAACGACUGCCAGCCUGGCAGCCCAUUCUGACUGCUGGCACUGUGUUGCCUGCAUUCUUUGUCAUCGGAGUUGCUUUUGUGCCAAUUGGAGUUGGACUCCUCUAUUUUUCUAAUGAUGUGAUGGAAUUCCGGCAUGACUACACCAACUGUACAGACAUUGCAAACACAGCAAAGUCUUGUGCAGAAAAUAUUGGGCCUGGGAAAGGAACAGAAUGCAAAUGCAUGAUUAAUUUCAGCAUCACUUCUGCAUGGAAGUGUCACUGUAAUGAUGAUGCUGAUCUUGUGUGUUUCCAGGGAAAAAUCUUCAUGUAUUAUGGACUGACAAAUUUCUAUCAGAAUCACCGACGUUAUGUGAAGUCUCGCAGUGACCUGCAGCUUCUGGGUCAUCUAGAUAACAACACAGGAGAUUGUGAACCUUUUGGAAAGAAAGGGCAGAAGGCAAUUGCCCCAUGUGGUGCAAUAGCCAACAGCAUCUUCAAUGAUACAUUUACGCUGAAGUUCCAUCUGAACAGUGAGCUGCUACUUGUAACCAUUAUGAAUACUGGUAUUGCGUGGCCAUCUGACAAGCGACUGAAGUUCAAAAAUCCCAGUGGAACCAAUCUUGCAGAUGCCUUCAAUGGGACAGAAAAGCCCCCAUACUGGUCAAAACCUGUCUAUGAAUUGGAUCUAGUUAAUAAGGGAAACAAUGGCUUUGAAAAUGAAGCUCUCAUUGUCUGGAUGCGCACAGCAGCUUUCCCUGAUUUCCGUAAGCUCUAUGGUAUCAUUGACAGUGAUCAAGACAAUUUCAGAUCAGGCCUUCCAGAAGGAAACUAUACCCUGGAGGUGACAUACAGAUACCCUGUAACUGAGUUUGAUGGAACAAAGCACAUGAUUCUCUCAACGACCUCUCUCCUGGGUGGAAAGAAUCCAUUUCUUGGAAUCACUUAUAUUGUCAUCGGCUCUCUUUGCAUCCUUUUUGGUGUUGUGUUCCUCAUCAUACAUAUCAGAUAUGGGAAACGGAACUCUGAGAUGGUCAGCGUCACAACACGGACACCCUACUGACAGACGGAAGGGUGGAUCCGGGGGAUCCCCAGCUACCCCUUGUGAUAGUACAAGUGUGUGAUGCACUGAUGAACUAAAGAUUGAGCCCCCUCUCAGAAGUGCACAUCCUUGGCAAGUUUUCCAUCCUGGUGAUGACUGCUGUAUUUAUUAACAGGAAGAAACCCUGUGUGGCACUGCUGAUCUCAGAACUCAUGAGGCACUCUGGUGGCUGUGGUUCCCCAUGAUCACUGUAGCUAUUAGUCAAGCUUAAUUGUAUGGAAGACUGUUUUAUGGUUGCAAAAUUUGUUGACCCUUCAAAGUCUCAUGAUAAAUACACAGUUUCUAAUUAUAUAUGGUGAGGAGUACCAUAUCAUGUGUCAACUUGCUGCUGUAUUACAUGUUUGGGUGUGGAAUGGUUUGGCAUUGAUGCUGAAGUAUAUUCAGUGAAAAAGUCUUUGUUCCAAUCCUAAGUGGUAGAGCUACUCCAUGCCUGCAGCAUAAAAAGGAAUAGUGAAAUAGGCUCUUUGCACAAUUUAUGGUAUCCAGAAAUUUUUUUUUACAAGAAUCCGCUGGCUGUUUGUGAUCAUUAUUGCAGACCAAUCUACUUCAUUCCCUCAUUUGGAAUUCUUGCCAAAUUCCUUCCACAGCAUGUCAUGAGGCUUUUCCAAAUUCACUUGACCUCCUUAGCUUUGGGAUAUCAAGAACUAUGUAUGUCCCUUUUAUCCAUUGAAAGAGUUUUAUAUCUAAGUACUUACGGCUUGCUUUGAAUUGAUGAAUAUUCUAGUCACAAAUGCAUAAUGUAUGCCAGAGCAAAUAAAGCCC